AUGCCAUUUGAACCUCAGUUUUCAUGGGAGUCGACCGACAUGGUCUUGCAAUAUCGACCUUGUGGAGGUGGAGAGCAUUUGGCAUCUACGCCAGUCAGAGUUGUUCAGGAAAGAACGUCCAGCAAUGUUGCAAGAUCUCUCAUCAAUGACAAUGCAAUUCCUGUUUAUCUGGAGCCUCUGUUCAUGUCAGCCCUGGAUACACUCAUCAGUCAUGCACAUGUCCUGGAAGAAGAUGCACAGAUAAAUCUAGACCAACCACAAGAAGAAUUGAUGCGUCAUGUAAAUGAAUGGGUUGAUGUGUUUGCUAGACACCGAGCAGCAUAUUCCACAAGAGUGGAGCCAGUGUUUUUAAAGGCUUUUCAAACUAUCGUCAACAAUCCGGUUUCUUCAGAUGUAUUUGACACGUUGCUUCAGCUUGAAGAGGAAUACGCACAAGCUGUAAAAGAAAUCUGCCAAUCGAUGAAUGAAGAUAUUCAAAAAUUGGAGAAUGUACAAGUUAGCGAGGCUAUGCAGCGAGGUGUGGUUGAAGGAAGCCGAGAAUUUCACGAGCUGGCUAUAGAGCAAGUUGAUGAUUUGACUAUGCUUCGCGCAACAUGGGAUAGCCAGUUGGAAGAUCUGUAUAUGCAUCAACGCCAAGAAUAUCGAGACUUUGUAGUCAAAAUUUACGAGGAAAUGCUAGAAAGAGCAAACUCUAACGCAGAGAAACUUCAUGAACAGCAUCAACUCACAUCAUUUGAGAACUCUAUAGGAGACAUGAUUAUUUUUAAAGCAAUCAACCGUUUUGAAAAACGUCCGUCAAAGGAAAUAUUAAAUAUUGUUUCAAAAAACGAAAAUAUGCUAAAACAAAACUUUAACUUCCAGCCCAGCUUACCGCAACCAGCGCUCAGAUCUGAAAAUGAAGCAAUUCAAAGCAGCGCUCAACCAACCAGCUUUAAAUUGAAAAAAACUAACGAUUCUGAAGAUAUUUUGCACAAUUCUCCAGAUUCCAUUGCAAACUCACUUGUAUUGCAGAGUCAAAAUGAUAAUUGUUAUACUGAAACAGCCGAGCUGUCCCAGUCAAUUUUAUCACCAUCGUUUGAUACUAUUCCCGACAUUACUGUUCAAUCACAAGCUGUGGAUGCAACAUAUACAUCCAAUGCACCUGUUAUUGAGAAUACUCAAGAGCCUGCAAUAAACAAUGCGGAAAAGGAGUUGUCUGAAAUGGGGUUUGAGCUGAAUCAGAUACGAGCAGCACUUGAAAUCACUGAAAAAGACACGGAACGUGCAAUCAUUCUUUUGUUGGAGAAUCCCAGAUUGGUAAGAGAACACAUGAGAGCAAAGGAAACGCUUGCGUGCGAAGCUGCCACUCGUAAACAUGCUGACCACGAAGUGCCGGCACUUCGUAUGAGAGGCUCUAAUUCCUUGUUGAACCUGAAAGGAAUGGAUAAGGAUAUCCCUAAUCCACUAUCUUUUUUGAUGGCAGCAUCGACCUCACAGGCAGAGGUAGAUACCACCACGUCAGUCAAGGAUCAAAGAGUAGAACUGGGAAUUCGUACUUUGAACAAAUCUCGCCAUAAAAGUGAACAGAGUUUAAGCGGAAAGCGCUCUUUUUCAUUUACACGACAGCUUUUUCAAGGCGGACAAAGCAAUAGUUCAACCGACGGGGUGUAUGGACCUUUUUCUACAUCGAAUCAGGACAGAUCCAAUUCUAUAUCCAAGCCGGGUGCCUUGACACUGAAUCGGGUUGGGAGUUUUUUUGAAAAAGCCAUGGAUGCAUUUCGAAUGGAUGAUGAGCAAAAAGUUCAAGAACCAGAGGAAGCACAAGUCGACAUGUCAGAAUCAUUCACCAUCUAUUUUGGAACACAGGUUCGACUCAUGUUUAGUGUCAUGCUUCAAACAUACUGCGAUCACACCUCAGACCUUGCUUCGAAUUCUGCUCAAGAGCUUGCACUACACGCACAAAUGUGUAGUGCACUUUAUUCACAGAGUGUUUCGGGCAUGAUUCUGUUGCUUCGAUCUAGCGACUUUGCGAACUACUCGCAUGGAACCACAGCUAAUAAGGAGCUGAUUCAAAAGUGCAAAAUGUCGACUGAAUUCCAUUUUGAUUCGAUCGAAAGACAGCUUGAAUCAAUCAGUGAUGGACUUCCCUGUGAUGAAGCUGGUGUUCCGAUACUUCAAGAAGGCGAUUUUUUUGUUACAAAGCACUCCAAUCUUCCAUCUGCACAUGUAGUAUUUCAUUUGAUAUAUGAUGAUUCAGAGUUGGCCAUGAAAAGUGAUUUGAGCAGUCGAUCUCCACUUAUUGCCGGAUAUCGAGCAAUUUUACAAACUGCACAACUCUGCAAUGUACACAACUUGAUCAUUCCCAUAUUUCUUCUUCCAGACAGUCAGAUCAUCCAACCCUAUCCUCAUACAACACGACCGUCAGUUUCGACAUGGAAGCCCAAACUGCCAGAUUCUAUUCUUAUCAAGCGUGCCGAAGUGGUAUUAAGGCACACCAAAGGGCUACUGACUGAACAAACUCGAUUGCUCAAACAUUUGGGUGGGUCAUUAUCUGCCAAAGUAGACAAGUAUUCGAGAUCGUUGGUGUUUCGGAUGCCAAAUGACUUGCCACAUGUACAGACUGUAUUUGCAGAUAUAAGAGAAAAGCUUACUGUUGUAUUUCGAACAUCUUGAAUCAUGUAUACGACAUGAUGGAUGAAGGCUGCAUUGCGAUCGUCAAUAAACCCAUAUUUUGUUUUAUA